AUUUUUGUUCUAAAAUCGGAAAAGCGACUCUGCUCUUUUCGUAAGUUCACCAAUUAAAUAAAUAACUAAAUAAAUAAGGAUUUUCGGCAGAGCAUAUUCCCAUAGUAGCCUUUGUCUACCAUUUUUUUACCUGGUCGAACUGGAAUUUGGAAGUGUUGGUUUUUGAGGAGAGGGGAAAACCGGAGUACCCGGAGAAAACACCUCUGGGAGCGGGAGAGAAUUGCCUGCAUGCAGACGUCUCCUAUUUCCUUUGUGGCACGUCUGUACGCAGGCAAGGGAGAGAACCAACAACAAACAUAAAGCUCAACCCAACUAAGUAGUACAGUAAAUUACUUUAUUAAGUCAGUCGUUCUAGUGUUUACCCUCGUCGGUGUCCACGCCGUGAUUUGAACCCAGGCCACAUUGGUGGGAGGCGAGUGCUCUCACCCACUGCAACACCGAAGUAGUUUUCUUCUGUGCGUAUUCUGGAGCUUAGUUUUCUUUUUCAUUUAAUUCGACGAAAAAGCUAAAACAAAAACCGAAGCAAGUUUUCUUUACAAAACUGGGUAAACAAAAAUGCUACAACAAGACUGAGAUUUUACACAUGUAGUUUUAUAUAGGUCAUGUUUAAUGAUGGGUGGGCAGGCACAUUUUAAACAAAUACUCUCUAUGUAAGUUGUUUAUAAUGGCAGGGCUGAACGAAUCUUCAGUAAGACGGAGUUCAUUCAGGAAGAAGAAGUUAAGAAGAAGAUAUUUAUUAUGAUAAUAGAGAAGACAAUAAUAAAGAAGGCAUUUGUUUAAGGCUGUACAAAAAACUUGUUAAGAUGCAAAUCUCUCCACUGGUCAACUUCACUUCACUCCCCAGGUUACUAAGAAAAUGUAACUGGGAGGAUAUCUAUGCUAGAUUACUAGAUAAAACGGCUUGUUGUUUGUGUACAACCUAUGCCUACAGCAGAAAAACUAAUUGAGCUUGUUUCCUUCGUCUAGAAAAGAAAAACAGUGUGUCUGCUGUAGGUUAUCCUCAUCCAAGCAUCACGUUGAGACGUGAACUAGAAUCUCUGAGUCAGGACCUGGAAAAUCUUUCUUCCCAAGUACUAGCUAUAAAGGAACGCCUAGCAGGAACAGACAGCCAACAGCCCAAAUUCCAAACGAACAGUUUUAAACUAACUUGGGUUGAUUCGAGUGCAUCUUAGAUCCUGACGUAAACUUUAAAGAUCAAAAAACUGUUAUAAUUGCCUCUGAAAAUUGAAAGCCC